AUGACAGAUAAAAAAAAUCAUCAGCGUCUUUAUCUUGGUUUAGAUUUGAGCACACACCAGCUCAAAGGUGUUAUUAUUGAUGAACAUUUAAAUACGAUUGCUGAAGAAGCAAUUCAUUUUAAUGAUAAAUCACUUCUUGUUAACUAUGUUCAAUCUCAUGGUUCUGCCAUCGAUAAUCAUUGUAUAACAACACCAGUGCUUGUUUUUUUAGAAGCACUCGAUGUACUUUUUCAAAAGUUACGUGAUCAAAAAAAAUUUGAUUUUGCAGAUAUUAUUGGAAUCUCAGGAUGUGCACAACAGCAUGGUAGUAUCUAUUGGAAAAAUAAAAUUGGAUUAGAUCGUUUAAAAAAUUUACAUUCAUCAAUUGAAGAUAAAAGCGAAAUAACGAAUAUUCAUAAUCUACCGAAAAAUGUUUUUCUAGUAGAUUUAUUACAUUCAUCAUUUUCAUGUAUGGAUUGUUCUAUACGGAUGGAUGGAGUUCAAUUUAUUGAAAAAAAUCUUGAUAGUAAUGAAAAAUUAUUGCAAAUAACAGAUUCGAAAGCUUAUGAUCGAUUUACUGCUUGUCAAAUAAUGAAAAUGUCUCGAACAACACCUGAAAUCUAUGAGCAAACAGAACGUAUUCAAUUACUAAGCAAUUUUCUUGCUAGUAUUUUACUUGGUGAUUAUGCACCAAUUGAUUUAUCUGAUGGUUCACGAAUGAAUUUAUUUGAUAUUCGUCAACGUAAAUGGUCAAAAGAUUGUUUAAAUAUUUGUGCGAAAGAUUUAGAAGAAAAACUUUCGAAUAAUCUCAUUUAUCCAAGCACAAUACUUGGAACAAUUGCAAAAUAUUUUGUUGAACGAUAUGGUUUUAAUAAUACUUGUCAAAUAGUCUCAUUUACUGGAGAUAAUCCAUCAUCAUAUUAUGCAUUAGCAUUGAAUUCAAAAACAAUUGUUAUCAGUCUAGGUACUAGUGAUACGGUCAUGGCAUCAGUAUCAGCAUCAUCAAUACCAAAUGAAAUAUUUGAUGGGCAUUUAUUUGUUAAUCCUUUAAUAGUAAAUUCUGAAAGUGAUCUAUUAAUGAUUCUUCUUUGUUUUAAAAAUGGUUCACUUGUACGAGAACGUGUACGUGAAGAAGUUGCUUCAAAUGAUUGGCAACAAAUGAGUGAACUUCUAUGUCAAACUCCACCAACAAAUCAUGGUUAUCUUGGAUUUUUUUAUGAUGACAAUGAAAUUAUACCAGAAAAUCUACGCGGAAGAUUUUAUUUUAAUUCUGAUGGACAACAAAUUGAUGAUCUUGAACCAGCAUGUAAAGUACGAGCAUUACUUGAAUCACAAUGUCUUGCAAAAAGACUUUAUUUACAACGAGCUAAUAUUGAUUUAGUAAAUAAUGUUGAUCGGAUUGUUAUUAAUGGUGGCGCAUCAGUUAAUAUCGAUUUCUUACAAAUGCUAGCUGAUAUAUUUAGUAAACCAGUUUAUGCUACUUUAGCACCCAAUUCUGGUUGUCUUGGCGGUGCUUUACGUGCUAUUGAUGUUAUUAAUCAUAUACCAAAUUCUCAAACUUCAACAUUACAAUUUUUAGUUUCAGCUCAACCUAGAAAUGAAUAUACACCGGUGUAUAAUGAAAUGCUUAUUCGUUAUGCAAGAUUGGAAGAUAAAAUCUUAAAAAAUAUGCAAUAA